AUGACGGCGCCCUUUCGGUCUACCAACGCCGCCCAUGUCUUGACGACUACAGUGGGCGAGACUCUCCGUAUCAAGGAGUCGAUACAGGACUGGGAGCUUCACAAGCGUGACGAAUACUCACGGCGCAAAAGAAUCCUCGAUGAAACGUCGACUUCAUCGAUCGAGCAACGGCUUACUUGGGGGCUCAAAGCUUCGAGUCAUCGACCACCGAUGACAGACCCUGAUGUGGCGACGACUGACCUUGGCGAGGGCACUAUCUCACGACGUCGGGUUCACGAAGGCUGA